AUGGAGUCAGUGACGCAAAAGAAAAUCAAGGCCUCCGAAUUGCGAAGCUUAGGUGACCGGCGCACAGAACAACAGGCCGAUAGUGUGGCGGAAACAGAUAGAGGGGAGGAUGCAAUCACGUCGCAGGACUAUUGCGAGGAAUACGCGAUGGACGAGAGGAUCAUUGAGAUAAGUGCAAACGAGGCACGCGUUCCGGGGUGUAUUUUGGAGCAACCGCCGCGUCCAUUUCGGAGGCCAGCGUGGCUUGAUCAUUACUAUCGCUGGACAAAUUCCGAAGUCCAUAGACAUGAAACUGGGUCGCAGCCUGUACGUGAUGCAGCAGCAUCGACGAACGAUGUGUCUGCCCCACCCACAUCUGACACUCAUCUUGGAGUGCUGGGGAGCACUGUCGCCGAGGGGCCAGGAGAGGGGACGUCGGUUAUUCAUAUGCCUAGGCCCAUCCGGUGGGAUGCACGACCACUAGGCAGGCCGGCAUGGAUCGACGAGUACAGGUCCAUGGAGACCCCAACGGCUGAAAGCGGGUCCGCGAAGCCUCGGGAGCGGAACAUUUCCCUCCCCAAGGCCAGCACAUCCUAUAUCGCGCGUCAGAAACUAGAGCCGCACGAACUGACAGUGAAGUGCUCAGAUGAACAUCACUUACGCAAUUCACAGUGGAGUCCUAGAGUAGGAGACGGAGGUUCCGGGAGUAGCAGCCUUCCUUGGCCCGUGUGGCCACCGUUGGAUUUGAAUUUGCUACGGCUCGACGAAACAGAAAGCUCGAGUGCUAUCACCGCAUUUCGCUGCGGCGGACAAGGUCUUUCUUCCCUUAUUGGUGGCGAGCGUAUAGAACGCGAGGGGCUAGUUCUCCUUCUGGAGCUACUAGCCGUGUCAGAGGAGCGCGAUACGGGCUCAUCGCUCUGCCAAAGCAAGCACCAGCCAAGCAAGGCUAUAAGAACGCAGAAUCUGGUAGUAAAGGAAAAGCUGCUGCCAGAUAGUGACGACGAAGAGUCUCCUGUCGAGAGUUCUUCCGAUUGUCACAGACAACGCUCCAACCGUGCGGACAAAAGGGCUCAACAGAGGCUAGGCCUUGGACCAAGUCGCUGGAAGGUCAUGAGCGCAGGACGACGGUUGAGGGUAGAGAGGCGCGAAGUCAACCAGCACAAGUAUGACGCUGGUUCGAGCCUGUGGCCCGAUCAGUACCUGAGCGCAAUGUCAAGCGCAGCCGCCUCGAUACCUCCACAAGAUCGUCCCAAAAUUGAAGACCUGUCGCCUGAAUACCAGGAAGUAGUAAAGGAGGUGGCACGACGACUUGGACAGGCUGUCGAGAAUGAGAUCGUCACGGGUCUCUCUCAGUAUAUCCUUGCCCGAGCCACAGCUGCCGCCAAUCUCAAUGUCGAUGAGGAGGAGGUCAUGGAAGAUGAUGAGGACAAGGAAAAUCAAGCACCGGAACCACGCCGAGCAGAAACUGAGGACACGGAGGACGUGGCUACUGUACCUGCAGGGCAGCACGGAGGCGACGUGCAUACUGAGGAAGACCUCGCAAUGAUCGCUGAACAUUUCAGAAAUAUAACAACCCACCAAGUCCAGGCCCGAACGUGGGAUGAUCCCGACGCAGACAAGGAAAACGUGCCACUUCAGCGUCCAGAUGUCCUGCAAGUAGAUGCCAUAGGGCCUUUCGGCCUCCCUCUGGAAGGCGUGUACUACGAGUCCUGGGUCUCGGAUAUGAUCGACCGAGCCCAGAGAUUUGAAUUCCGUCCCUCCAGAUUCUGA